AUGGAAAUAGGAGAAGCAUCACACCCAGUGAUUGAUUAUCUUGUUGAACGUUGGUGGGAUACAACGCAUACUUUUCACUUCCCUUUUGGUGAAAUGGGAUUCACGCCGCUUGAUUGGGUAGUGUUGACAGGAUUGAGUAUUGGAAUUGGGGAUGAUGUUCCGUAUAACCCAGUCAAGUACAAAUUUGAUUAUGUCCGUGAGCAUGUUUUUCCAGAAAUAGAAGAACCCUUAGAUUAUGAAGAUCCCCCAAUCUCUGGAAAAAAACGCCCCCCGGCACAGUGGAUUUCAGAUGCAAUCACAAUUAAAUUUUUGACUACGUAUUUCAAAGAAGAUAUCUUGGUUGCAGCUAAUUUGGAUGACAAACUAGCAGAAAAAGUGGCGAGGGCCUUUUUUAUGUAUGUUUUGGGAAAUUUUUUCUUUUCCAAUGCAAAGAACUACAUUGAUGCGGCUUGGUUAGCUGCUUUUGAGGAUCUAAAUGCAGUUGAUAUGUAUGACUGGGGUGGUCCUGCUUUUGCAAAAUUGUAUGUGGCACUCAACGCAUCUGGUAGGGGACAAAAGUCAUUAUCUGGGCCGUUCCAAAUAUUAGAGUUUUGGGGAUAUGAAUAUCUGGGCAUAUGUAGACCGUGCGACCCAACUAGUGAAGAAAAAUGGCCAAGAACUUCCCGGUGGAAAGCGAAGAAAAAGACUAUCGAUAUUGUUCACUGUAGGAAUGCGCUUAAUCAGUUGACUGCAGACAUCGUGACAUGGAGACCGUGGGAAUCCGCCAUUGGUGUUCUUGACUCUGAUGUUGGUCGCAGGGCUGUGGAGCUUUCAAACAAAAGGGUUAUAUUUACUUGGAUUGGCAAGGUCAGUUAG